AACGAAGAAGAAGCAAAAUUCCGUAUGGCAUGUGACGUAAUCCCUUCCUCAUAGCCUCCAUCUUUCAGCGCCGCAUGCCUCUGUUGAUAUUUGAGCAGGUGACAACAUGAAUCAAGAAAAACUGGCAAAACUGCAAGCCCAGGUUCGGAUAGGAGGAAAGGGAUCUGCACGCAGAAAGAAGAAGGUUGUACACAGAACCGCAACCGCUGAUGACAAAAAACUUCAGAGUUCACUAAAGAAGCUGGCUGUCAACAAUAUUGCUGGAAUUGAAGAGGUGAACAUGAUCAAGGAUGAUGGAACUGUAAUCCACUUUAACAACCCCAAAGUUCAGGCCUCUCUGUCCGCCAACACUUUCGCCAUCACAGGCCAUGCUGAGACCAAGCAGCUGACAGAGAUGCUUCCUGGCAUCCUCAGCCAGCUUGGAGCAGACAGUCUCAGCAGCCUGCGCAAACUGGCUGAACAGUUCCCUCGGCAAGCUCUCGACAGCAAGGCUCCAAAGGCAGAGGACAUCGAGGAAGAGGACGAUGAUGUUCCAGAUCUGGUGGAGAACUUUGAUGAAGCAUCGAAGAAUGAAGCAAACUGACACACAUGAAGUUCACAUGCACACAGACUGGACUGCAAUGGCACAAGACAACCUCCUCCAGUGUUUUUAAGUCUAGUGAUCGAGACAUUUCAAACACUAUCCACUCAAAAAGAGACUUUUCUAUUUUAUCCUGAUGGCCCCUGGAUGUCUGAGUCAGACUGACUUGUGCACUUAAAAAAAUUAAAAAUACUCCCCUCUGAUAAACGGUAAAACCCCUACACCACAUUGUCAGUCAUGUUCAGGAUAACUGUGGUCAUUAAAUCUAGUCUUAAUUUUUUUUGUUUAUGAAACAAAAUAAAGGUGAUGAACAUUUUUA